UUUUCUCUUGCUUUCCAAGAAUUUGAUUUUCGGCGUCCACUUUUUGCUUAGCCUUCAGUUUUCCGACGACCCAUUUCGUUUUUCAGCGACUUUCUCAAUUCAAAUCCAAUGGAGACCCCAUCUUCAAUCAGAAGAGUCACAAGGUCUCAGGCUUUGGUUGCUCAAAACAGCAACACCAACAACAUUCCCCUUUCAAGGAAGAAUGAAGAUUCUGAAAAGGUUGAAUCGAAAUCAAGACCAAGAAAUGGGAAGCAACAGCAAGAUAGAUCAGCCCUGAUUGACAUAACCAAUGAUUCUCCGAUUGUGGGGCUUGCAAUGGGAAGCUUGGAGACCCCAUCAUCGGCCAUAGUCAAACAGAGAAGCUUUAGAGCCAAGAACACACCUGGGUCCGGAGAGGCCUUGCUGAGGGGUCAAGUCAAGACCCUCUUGCAACAAGUGGAGGAAGAGGCCGAGCUCUCAAAGAUCACAUUGGAAAGCCGCCCUCUUCGUCUUCUCCAAGGAAUUACUGGUAACUCGCCAAUGGGACUACUUGCCCCAACUCCGGCAAACACACCACAGGUCUCUGAUCUCUCUGUUGAUGCAAGUGGAAGCAACAAUGGUGGUGUGGGUUUCGAGAAGCCUUCUCCACUUAUCCAAGAACAAUUGAUUUCUCAGGUGGUAUGUGACAUCUUUGAGGGAAAGAAUCAAGAAAGCCUUGAAUCACAAAAGAGUAUCAUCAGCCGGUCUCUGCUGCUGGAUUUCUCUGAGAAAUCUGAAGUCUCCUCUGUUUCAUCAGAGUGCUCCUCUGUGAUUACUGAAAUCAAAGAGAAGUCAUCACCAGAUGAUGAUAGUGCUUCCAUUUGGUCAAUUCAGGUCAAUGCUAGCACCCAUGAUGAAGAUGAAGAAGAAGUUGCAGAAGAAGAAGAAGAAGAAGAUUAUUAUCUGAAUCUGAAUGAAGGUUAUGAAAUUGAAGAACAUGAACAGGAUGGAGGCUAUGAUCUUGAUGAGCUUUGUGAUGGUAUAAACAACAUUUGUGUUGAUGAGAAGAAAAUGAUCCCCGAGUUUGCUGGAAAGCAUACAAGAUUUGUGUAUGACAGUGAGGAUGACAUUGAAAUCGUUGAAGAAGACUUUUCAGCACAGAGUCCUGAUUCAGGUGCUGUUGUUUCACCCAGUGCCCUUCGCUUGAAGGGCUUGCCAACACCAAAAGGCAAGCACAUGCGCUUUCUUGAGGAGGAAAAUUAAGAUUCUGGUUUUGAAGUGCUGAUGUGUUUUGGUUGUCUUUCUUGAUAACCAUGUUUAGGGAGGGAUUUGCUUUGGUCAUUUUCUGUAAUUCCUUAGUUUUGUUUUUUAUUCGGGAUCCACAAUAGAAAUGAUAUUCAUGACCACAAUAGAAAUGAUAUUCAUGACCAUAAAUGGUGUGUAAUUCUCAGUGUUCUCACUGAUUUUUAAUGAAUGAAACACUCUUUGCUAGUUUUGACCA